AUGGAACCAGAACCGUCCCUUACCGCUCUCCUCAAGGCUAUCACAACCCUCACAGCCACAGUCGGGUCCCUGCAGGACCAAGUCCGUGCCCAAAGCCAGCAAAUCACCAAGCUCAGGGCCAUAUGCAAGGAAACAGCGGACCUCCUUGGGGAUAAAGAUCAAGGAGCCCCCCAAACCAAGCCUGGCCCAUCGACUGGGCCUAUCACCCCUCCUACACACACAGGAGGGGAAGUCCACACUCCAGGCACGGUUAGGCCUGGACUCAAGGCCCCGUUCCGCCCCUCUAGAGGAACGGGUUAUGACUCAGAAGAGGAAGAAGAACCCAGGAGAAUCCCAAAAAAGGAGCCUUGCGGAACGCCUCGGAGCCUAAGUUCCCUCACCCCCUUCAACUCAGGGUCCAGCGUAAAGCGGCCCAAAAUGGAGCUCCCAGAUCCAUACAAGGGAGACUCUAGGGGACAAAAGGCAACCCAGUGGCUGGACCGUAUGCUACUAUGGGUCGCACUUCAUCGAGAUCAAUUCGAUGAAGAGGAACAAAUGGUUGUGUGGAUUCUAUACCACAUGACAGAUAAAGCUGCCGACUGGGCUCUCCCCAUCAUUGGGACUAUUAUCAAGGGCAAGGGAAAUCCCCCCACUACCAUCCCGGCCUUAACGGCCAAAUUCAAGGAAGCCUUCGCCGAUCCAGAUGCAAAGAGGGCGGCUGCCAGGAAGAUUGCCGCAUUAACUCAGACCACAACCACGUCUGAGUACGUCACCGAAUUCCGCAACCUAAUGGCAGAACUUGACUGGAACACUGAGGCGUACAUUGCCCAGUUCACGCGCGGUCUUCACUGGAAAGUGAAGGAACUCUUGUCCACCAAGGACAAUAUUCCCAACGACGACCUAGAGGCCAUAUUCGCCGCCUCGGUCAAAAUUGACAACACUCGUCGGGAAAACGAGGAAAACCGUCCUAAGAAGCUCCCUGCCAAGUCCCCGGCCACCGUGGCCACUUCCACCACUACCACUACUCAACGGGUCCGCCUCUCAGAAGAUCCCAAUUAUGUCACACCGGAAGAAAGGGAUUGCCGCCGCGCGUCUGGCCUCUGUGUCAAGUGCGGCCAGAAGGGGCAUGGAAUCAAACAAUGCCCCAACGGCUGGAAGGCCACGAUCAAGGAGACCGCCAAGAUAGGGGAAGUUGUGGAGUCAGAAAAAGAGUAA